AUGAGCAAUGAGAUCGCAAUCGCCGCGCAGAAGCCUCCGCCGUCGAUUCUCGUUGGCCGCUUCAAGGCACUCCUCAAGCAGCGCGACGACGAACUCAGGCUCGGCGCCAGCGUUCCCGUUCCCGUGCCGCCCCCGACCACCGACGAAAUCGUCCAGAUUUACGACCUCCUCUUGUCGGAACUCACCUGCAAUUUGAAGCCUAUCAUCACUGAUCUCACAAUCAUCGCCGAACAGCAGAGGGAGCACGCCAAAGGCAUUGCUGACGCAAUUUGCGCUCGGAUUCUCGAGGUCCGUCUCCGUUGCCGCCGAACUUCUUCUUCUGCCUCUCCAAAUUUGUAUAAUGUCAUGGAAUCGUUUUAUUUGUUCGGAGAUAUGGGGAGUUCCUCACGCAUUGUGGAGAUCGGGUGCAACGUGUUUAAGGUGCCAGCAGAUCAAAAGCUUCCCUCACUCUAUUUGUUGGACAGUAUUGUGAAGAAUUUUGGGCAGGAAUACAUUAAAUACUUCUCUUUUCGUCUGCCAGAAGUUUUUUGCGAGGCAUACAGGCAGGUUCAGCCUAGUUUGCAUCCUGCUAUGCGGCAUCUUUUUGGGACCUGGUCAAAAGUCUUUCCACCUUCUGUCCUACGCAAGAUUGAAGCCGAGUUGCAAUUUUCUCUAGCAGUUAAUACUUCAUCAUCCACCCUGAAUCCUGUCAGGGCUUCUGAAUCUCCACGGCCUAGUCAUGGCAUACAUGUUAAUCCAAAAUACUUGCGGCAGUUGGAGCGUUCAACUGUGGAUAGUGUUGGUGCUGAAAAGAUGGAUUCAUCAGGAAAUGCUAAUAAUACAAACUUUGGCAUCAUAGCUAGUAAGACACAUCAAUUUUUAUCAGGCAGUAGCAGGCUUGGUAUUUCCUCGUCCCCUUCAAGAAUUGGACUCGAUAGGCCUUUGUCUGCAUCUAUGGAUGAAUAUGCAACUGACAGUUCUGCUAACAGAUUAAUUGAGAGAGACACUCCUCAUCCUGCUGUUGAUUAUGGAGUAGGCAAGGCAUUGGGUAGAGAUGUGGAGUUGAGUGAAUGGCAACGAAAGCAGUAUGCUGGUGAUGGUUGGAAUCGAUUUCCAACAUCUAUCACAUACAGCCUUAGUAAUGGACAUCAGCGUCAAAGUCCAAGAGCUUUAAUUGAUGCAUAUGGCAGUGACAAAAGUCAAGAAACUUCAAGUAAGUCUUUGCUAGUUGAACGGAUGGAUAGAAAUGGUAUAGACAACAAAGUAUUGCCAACAUCAUGGCAGAAUACUGAAGAGGAGGAGUUUGAUUGGGAAGAUAUGAGUCCAACCUUAACAGACCUUAAUAGGAAUAACAGUUUAUUGCCUUCAACUAUUGGAUUCUCCAGGGAAAGGCCUGUUGCUGCAGCUAAUGCAGCUUUGUCAGAGCAUGAUUCCAGGAAAGGGGUUUGGUCAAGUGGAUCUCAGCUUCCUCCAGUGGAUGAUUCUUCUGCCAUAGCAGAAGAUGCAUUUACUUCUUUGGGGGUUUGUUUGGACAACAGCAAGAUCAUAGAAGUUGGGUUGCCACAGCCUCUAGUUCUAGGCCUUCAAGCCCUAAGGGAUAAGAUAAAGGGAGUUAUACAUAAGAAGAAUGUGGUGAUGAAGAGAUACACAUGUAGCUUUCGGCCAGCACCCCUGGGUCAGGUGCCUGGAUUCCAAAAUCGUAGUCUGAGCUCUUCUCAACCUCAUGAUGCUUGGAAGAUUGCACAUCAUCCGGCCAACUCAUCACAACAUAUCUUUAGUAAUAGGGGACGAGCAAGAAGUCAUACUAUUCCUCCUAUUGAUAACAUUCACAAUGCAGAUGCAAUCCCGUAUCGAGUUCGACCUGCAGUGUCAAGGAUGGUUUCUGGCCGCGUCUCUAAUGUCGAACAUAGACCAUCAGUUUUGGCUGCAACUCUUGAAAUAAGGCCUUCUGUAAAUUUGAAUAUCACUCGACCACCCUUAAAUCCAAUAAUUCCAUUACAAAAACAUGUCAGGAGUCAGUUUGAAGCUAUACAUACUAGUAGCCCUAUUGUGAAUCAUGUUGUAAAUAAAUCGUCACUUAUGCCAGAGCAGUCAUUUGACAGUGUCGAGAACAAGGAUGCAAGUAUUUUGAAGAUACAUCAGUUGCCUAAUCAGCUUCCUGGGCUAGUUUCGUCCAACCAGCAAAAUCAUGGGCAAGCACCACAACUGCAGUUUUAUCCACCCUCUCAGGAUCCCUUAAACACACAAUUUAGUCAUGGGAGUAAUUUGCAGGGACAUGGUGCUUCUAUAAGUACUGCCAUGUCGAAUCCAUUGCCUGUCAUGCAAUUCCCUUUGCCACUCCAAAGUAUUGCAAAUAAUCCUUUAUUACAGGGUGGAGCCCGUCCACCUUUACCUCCAGGGCGCCCUCCUGCUCCAUCUCAAAUGAUACCUCAUCCGAAUGCCCGUCCAUUUAUGUCAAGCCAACAGCCAACUGUUGGAUAUACUAAUUUAAUUAGUUCUCUAAUGUCUCAAGGUGUGAUCUCAUUGGCUAACCAGCUGCCAGGACAGGAUUCUGUUGGAACUGAGUUUAAUCCAGAUAUUCUGAAGCUUCGUCAUGAGUCUGCUAUCAAUGCCUUGUAUGGUGAUCUCCCAAGACAAUGCACAACUUGUGGGCUCCGAUUCAGAUGCCAAGAGGAACACAGUAGUCAUAUGGAUUGGCAUGUGACUAAGAAUAGGAUGUCUAAAAGCCGGAAGCAGAAACCCUCUAGGAAGUGGUUUGUAAGUGACAGGAUGUGGCUUAGUGGUGCAGAGGCAUUGGGAACAGAGUCAGUUCCAGGUUUUUUGCCAACAGAAACCAUAGAAGAAAUGAGAGAUGAUGAAGAGUUGGCAGUUCCAGCAGAAGAGGACCAAAAUACAUGUGCAUUAUGUGGAGAGCCUUUCGAUGAGUUUUACAGUGAUGAAAUGGAGGAAUGGAUGUAUAGAGGAGCUGUAUACCUCUAUGCUCCCACGGGGACAACAGCAGGCAUGGACAGGUCACAGUUAGGCCCUAUAAUUCAUGCUAAAUGCAGAUCAGAAUCUAAUAUGGAACCAUCUGAAGAUCUUGGGCUGGAUGAAAAGGUUUCUGGUUUGGUGGAUCCUAAAUUGCGAAUGAAACAUUCAGAAAUACUUGUGCUGUGGGAGUGCGCUCUACUGUGGAUUAUGCUUUUGUCUGCAUCAAUGGAAGGAAAUGCAGUUCACGCUUGUGGUGGCAUGUUAACUGAGAGAUACUCUCCUCGUCCUGUAGUUGAUUAUGGAGUGGCCAAAGAAUUAGGUAGAUGUGUGGGAAUGGGUGAAAGCCAAGGAAUGCAGUACAGCCCUACAAAUGGAUAUCAGAUUGAAAUGUCAAGAACUUUAGUUCAUGCAUAUGGCACUGAGAAAAGCCUAGAAUGUCGGAGCAGUAAACCAUUUUUAGUUGAACAGAAGGAUAGAAACUGCAUAGACAAUAAAAUGUGGUCAAAAUCAUGGCAGGACACUGAAGAGAAGGAGUUUGAUUGGAAUGAUAUUAAGCCAACUUUGAUAGACCAUAGUAGGAAUAACAGUUUAACACCUUCAACUGUUGGUUUCUCCACGCAAACACCUGUUGUCGCAGUUAAUACAACUUUGUCAAAGCAAGAUGCUGCCUGGAAUGGUUGGUCUCAUGGAUCCCGGUUUCCUCCACUCAAUAAUUCAUCUGCUAUGGCGAUUCCUCAUCAUUUUUCUAACUCGUCACAACAUAACUUGGAUCAAGCAAGGACUCUUACGAACCCUCAAAUUACUGACAUUCGCAAUAAUGUGAAACCUCCAUCAUCAGUUGCGCCACCAUCUUUUGAAAGAGCACCUUUUGUAAAUCAGAACGUCAAUUCGUUUGUGCCAGCACAGUCAUAUGGCAGUGUUGAGAACAAGGAUGCAAGUAUUACAAAGAUGCAUCAGUUCCCUAAGAAGCUCCCUGGACAUAUUUCUUUCAACCAGAAAAAUCACUGGCAAGCACCACAGCCGCAGUUAUUUCAGUUUCAGGAUCCAUCAACCUCACAUUUUAGUCAUGGGAUGAGUUCUUGGCAGGGAUACGGUGCUUCUACAAGUACAGCCAUGUUGAAUCCGUUUCCUGAUAUGCAAUCCCCUUUACCACUCCAAAGUAUUGCAGAGUACCCUUUACAUGCAGGUCACCCUCCUGCUUCGCCUCAGAUGAUGACACCUCCAACAAAUAUUGAUAAAUUUCUGUCAACCCAACAGCGACCUGUUGGAUACACCGAUUUACUUACUUAUCUAAUGUCUCAAGGUAUCAUCUCAUUGGAUAAACUGCGGCCAGCACAGAAUUCUAUUGGAACCGAGUUUAAUGCAGACAUUCUUAAGGUUCGGCGCGAGGAGUGA